CAGCUUUUAUUCAUGUUAUAUGAAGCAGAAAGGUUAAACAUUUAUAUUAGAAAUUGGUACAUAAGGAGGAUGUAUAUUACCGACACGAAAUAUGGUAAUAUGUCCAUAUUAGCUAGAGAUUUAUAACCAACACCCGGACAUGUUUCAUACACACAUAUUAAAAUAGUGUGAAUAUUCAAUACAUAAAAUUGGAUAGUUAUCGAACACAUUUAAGAUAUUCUUUACAAUGAACGUACUUUUGUUGUGGCUUUGUUUUCUGAUCGACACACAAGCACUAUUUACUCCGGACAGUGCGUGUGGGAAAACAAAGGGUUGUUAUAGUGACUGUGGUGAUGAUGGCACUACGUUUCUUAUAUCAUGGACUAGUGACAGCACAGCAAUUAAUUUUACAAUUCAAGUAGAACUCGCUUCAAAUGCUGAUCAGUAUGGUGCGGUUGGACUAUCAACUUCUCCUCAAUCAAUGGGUGACACUAGUGUUACAUCAUGUUUAAUGACCAACAGUAAUGCAGCAUUUACAGUGCAGAACUCUUAUAAUACAGGCCGUACAAAUACCCCUAUCGCACCUAACCCAACUGACGGUCUUUCGGGAACAACAGGAAGCUAUAUAGGGAACUUAUUUACAUGUUCGUUUGCAAGAACAAUAGCAAACAGUAACUCACAAGUGUUUAACCUGAACAAUGAUUAUUACAUACUGUAUGCAAGAGGAACCGUCUCUGGGGGUAAUACGAUACAACAACAUACACCUUCUGGGAGGUCAUUUUCUUCGGUUAAAGUGGACUUACAAUCGUUAACCAACGUAUGUGCUGGAGUUGAUAUGAGAGUGAAAGCACACGGUUGUAUUGCCAUAAUAGCGUGGAUGAUACUAGCAAAUCUCGGUUAUUUCAUUGCCAGAUACUAUAAACCGUUGUGGUCAAGCAAGAAAGUCUUUGGAUCAGAUAUAUGGUUUCUGAUCCACAGAGUACUCAUGGUUUCAGCAGCUGUUUUAACUAUAAUAUCUUUUGGCGUCAUAAUUCAAGGAAAGUUCACGGUAGGAAGCAACAACUUUGAGCGAUCUCAUCCAUAUAUAGGGAUUAUAGUGUUUUGUUUUGUCAUUAUAAAUCCAAUAAUUGGACUUUUAAGACCUGAUAAACAAAGUAAAUACAGACCUGUGUUUUAUUGGGUUCAUUAUUGCAUUGGAGCAGGUGUUUUGAUAUUAGGCUUAAUAAACAUAUUUAUUGGAAUACGACUAGAAGAAGCUGAUACUUCAAACCAAGCAUACUAUGUAUUUCUUGGAUACGAAUCAUUCCAGAUUGCCAUGAUAGUAGUUCUUGAAGUACUUAAAUAUAUAGAAGGAAAGAAAGCAAAGGACGUAGAAUCGGACAGGGAAAUGAAAGCAGUUCAUAGCGAUGGUGUUGCAGAUAAAGAAGAAACAAAAAAGGACAAAGAAGAUAUACCUUAUGCAUGGACGGCCAAGCUGAUCCUUCUAUGUGUACAUGUCAUUGUGACGGUGAUCUUACCAUUAGCUGUUGUCGGGAUUGUAGCAACGUCAACAUCAUCAACUGAUUAAAUCUAUUGUAUAUGUCUAAGGGCGUUCAAAUCGGAAACAAAACACAUGCAUUUGUUAAAAUAUUCAGUUUACAUUUGAUAUAAUAAAUGUUUAUGAAUCUAAGCAAAAAAAGCAAUAUUCAAUUGAAGGUUUUGGCGAAAAUCUUUUUCAUUAUACGAAUUGUUUAAAUUCAGAAUUAGUAUAUAUACGUAUACCGUAACAUUCCGAAUAAAUAAAAGAAAUUUGGAGCAAAAGAAAAGGAAUCCUGUAUAAAACCUUUGAAUUUUUAAGAAACACGUGUCUUGCUAGUAAAUUAAGGCACCAAGGAUUAAAUCUGUCUGUGAUAUUACUUUAUGUACGUAAAUAUAAAAAUGUUGUAUAUACUUAAAUAAAAAAACUGAUUUUAAAAUUUAUAA